UUUAAAUUUGUUGUUUCAGGUUAGAAUGGAAACCACUGAUAGAAUCGAACGUAGCGCUCGGCGUGACGUCAGGAAAGUGGUCUCGCGAAGAACAGUUGCUAUGGGAGCGGCAACGAGUUGCUGCAUGGGGCAUAGCGUCGUAUGAAUUGCAUGCCAGUGGCAGAGUGCUGUUCCCUUGCGCUUCUUCUUUGUUUGCCGCAGUCGAGAGUACUUCACAGCCACCUCCUUUAAUUCCGCGCUCGCUGAAUACGGGAGGCGGAGCCCCGUUAACACCAGCGAUGUGCCCCCGUGCACCAGAUCUGGUGGCGCACGCCGCGAGAGGAGACAUAUGGUUGGCCGGAGGGGGGCUCAGAAGGCCCACCAGGUUGACUUAUGCUUGUAGGGGCCAUGAACCAGAUCGGUUAGCUGACGACCCCAGACAGGCCGGCGUACCGUGCUACGUCACUCAGGAAGAGUUUUCGCGUUAUACUGGAUUCUGGUGGCAACCUAAAACUGAAGAUGAUGUGUACAGAAUAGUGUAUGAAGAAGUGGAUGAGAGCGAGGUGAAGAUAUUCAGCUUCCCUUCAUCGCAAACCAGCAGCGGUGAAGUCGAAGAAUUCAGAUUUCCACGUGCUGGUACUCCUAACGCGAAGUCCAUCCUGCGCCUGGUGACUUUCCGUCUUCAGAAAGCUUCUCCCACCGUCCUCGAUUAUUAUCACGAAGGAAACGAUGUACACAUAUCUGACAAUAACGACAUGGAGGUGACCGAUAUACGAUGGUUUGACCUACGGCAGUCGUUGAAGGAGUCGUUCCCAUGGUUCGAGUACCUAGCGCGUGUCGGAUGGACCCCGUGUUCUCAGUAUGUAUGGGUUCAACUGCUGGACCGUAAGCAGCAACGGCUGGAACUGGUCCUGAUACCUGUCGAGGAGUUCUGCUACCCCUGCGGGUACGAGCACGCACCCCCGGAACUCGCUGUGCGUGACCACCAGUCGCCGAAACAAAGAGAAAAGCCAAUACAAAUCCUGAUUACGGAGUCAGCGCCCGAAGCAUGGAUCAACGUGCACGAUAUUCUAUACUUCCUACCGUCGUCACCGGACUGCAUCAGUUUCAUCUGGCCAUCCGAGGAGAGCUCACAUCUUCACCUCUAUCUGUACACUUGCUCGCUGCAAAUGCACGUCACCAGGCGUACUUGUAAGUAGAUCCAAAUGGUGGAAUUACAGGCACAUGGGACUUG